AACCAAAUCAGAUUAACUUUCCUUUCACCAUACUUGUCCUUCCCACCCUUUUUUCUUUCCCCUCUUCACUUUCCUCCUUCCCAACCAAACAUGUUUUAAGUUCUUCUUUCUUCACUCUCUCAGAGUACAUUCAUGUCCUUCUCAAGGUGUAUAUGGUCCUUAUUAUCUUCAGAGAAGCUAGAGAACCUGCAAAUGAAUUAAAUGGGUAGUGUUCUUUCAAUGGCAGCUUGUACCAAGUAGCUUUCUUCUGUCAAAAUUUCUCUUUCUGGGAAGCUAGGGUUUUUCCCUCGCAAUUGAAGCCACAAAUGUUCCCUUCCACCAAUAGUAUCAGUCCUUUCCCGCACCUCUCCUCUUCUUAUGACCUUUCUCCUUACAUUAUUCACCAUGAAGCAAAUGACCUUUUACUUCACCACCAUCACCGUCCACUCACAACUCCUUCCUUGCCAGCCACUGACACUCUGCUACACACUUCAGCUUCCAUGAUCUCUAAUAAGCACGAUAUUAAUGUCGGCUUCGCUGGAAAUCAACUUGAUCCUCUUGUUUUACUUACUGGAAAAAAGCCCGUGAAAAAAGAUCGGCACAGCAAAAUUUACACAGCUCAAGGUCUAAGAGAUCGGAGAGUGAGAUUGUCUAUAGAAAUUGCCCGCAAGUUCUUUGAUCUCCAGGACAUGCUAGGGUACGACAAAGCAAGUAAAACCCUAGAGUGGCUGCUCUCAAAAUCAAAAAAGGCCAUCAAAGAAGUAGCACAGAAUGGAGGUGCCAAAAGUUUGUCUUCAACUUCCACGUGUGAAGUAGCAUCAGAAAAUGGUGAGCUAGAUGGUAUAGUUUCAAAGAGCGAGUCAUUGGCAGGCCGUGUUUGUAAUGAGAAAAAGACGAAAAGAUUGCAAAAAGCUGCAUCCUCCAAUCUCGUUGCAAAAGAAUCCAGGGCAAAAGCAAGAGCAAGAGCAAGGGAGAGAACUAGAGUUAAAAUGUGCACUAGAAGAUUCCAUGAGUUCCACAAUCCUGACUCUACCUCCUUCAACCGCAAUUUAUCAAGGUCGACCUUGAGCCAACAACAUCAGGCUUGUGAGAAAUCUCACAACAGCUUAAAAGUGGUUGCUCUUGCUCAUCAUGAUCAAGUAGAGCAGCCUAACUCCCACGCCAAUCUAGUCCCUAAAGGAAACAUUAUUGAGGAGUCAAUAGUGAUCAAAAGGAAGUUGAAGCCAUCCACAGUGAUGGGUUAUCAACAAAACCUUGUAAUGUUAAAAGAUGUAACUUGCAACAACAGCAACUUCCCAAAUUUGCCUCAGAAUUGGGAGAUUAACAGUGCAAUUGCACGCUCUAGCUUCUGCGCUAUUACCAACGUAAACAAAUCUACAGGUGAGGACUGCAUCUCUAUGGCUAGAUCUGGGAGGCUGAAAACAGUAGUCAAUGUCUACGCUAAUAUGGCAUACAAGCAUGAACGAUGUAAGCUGUAGUUCUCUUCUUUCAUCUUUUGAUAUCGCAAAAUUAGAUGAGCAUUAUCAUUUGGUUUAUCCUAUGCUGUCGAUUUUUUAUCUCUUAUUUCUGUAUGUUUUAUCUCCCAAAUUUUCUUCAAUUAUAUUGUAUCAGAAAUUUGGCCCAGGAGGUCUGAUAAGUACAUAUGUUUAAGUGGAACUGCACAAUUCAUUCAAACAAUAAUGCUGCUUCUUUUCCAAGAGAAUUGUAUCAAAAGCUAUAUGUUCUCGCUUCUAUUUUGUUGUGAAAUUGAUUCCAUAGCUAAACACUUGGUGGAUAAGUAAACUGUAAGUCAAUAUAGAUUUAUACUUCUCUCUAGCAGCAUUUCUAAGCAAAGGUGAUUGAUUGAAGAAAAUUCCAAGCUAUGGAGCUAACAAAUGCCUCUGAAUUUAAGUGGGAAUUUAGUUAGUUUCAUCUUGUUGGAGACAAUUUCAGUAGGAACCAUAAUCAUGAAAGAGCACUCCUUAAUUCAGACUAUACAGAGGGGUAUUCAGCCAAUGAAGAGUUCAAUGAAUCAAAGUUUUCCUUUCUUUUUUCAUAUUAACUUUAUAGAAUUGGUAAUUUUAUUGAAUUAAUUGUUUCGUUAAUUUUAUCAACCAAUAAAGAGCACAGUAGUAAUUGUAUCCCCUGGAUUUUCUUUUUUUGGCUAGUUAAUUAAUCUUUUCAUGUUCUAGGUGAAGAGUAUCUAUGAAGAGCCUUUCCAAAUGUCUUCAAUACCUUAAACAUUUAACAUUAUUGUUGGCUUUAUGUGUUUUGGAACUUUUGGGAAGGAACAUGUCUUUGGAUUCAUGCAUUGAGUUGUUUUGCACUUGAUCAUGCAUGAACUUUGGUUCUCUGAAGACCGUUAAGUAUAAAUAUAGAAACUGGAAUCUAACUGGAGUUUCCACAACUGUUUAUAACUAUAUUCUAACUAACUAUAUCCAUAUGAAAAAAAUUUCUGGCCUAAAUCAACCAGUAGUUGGGCAUCAAUGUUCAUAGAGCUGUGAUUCUUUAGUGGGAUGUCAAAGCAUUUAAAUAUUGAACAAAGUUGUUUGUUUUAGUCUUUUAGAUAACUAAGUGAAUCUUAAAACUGAUAGUUAGAGCCAUUUACCUUGUGGCUUCUUGGUUUAGGCUGCUGUUCAUGAACACCCUAGAGAUGCUUUCUUGUCACAAAGCAAACCAUUCAUUAGAAGAAGAUCAUCUAAUUC